CCUUAGCCAAAGGUAUUAUAUUAUUCAUUUUAGACAAUGUUUAGUUCUAUACUCAUUUUUUGAUUUUUUCGGUUAAAGUUUUUGUCCAUUCAUUUUGAUUGUUUCAUUUUGUUGUUGUCAAUGUGAACGUAAAAAAAUCAGCAUUUUUAUCAAGAAAAAAAAAACAAAUUUUAAAAAAUAUAUAAAUUCAAUAACACGGAUGAAAAGAAAACUACAACCAGCUAAAAAAAUAAUUCAAAGAACAUUCACGUAGGAGCAGAGAGCAGAGAGUACACACAAACUUCAUUCAUCCGAGUUGAAAAAUGGCAAAAAUUCCAGUUAAAGUGUAGCACAUUACACUGAAAUCAUUUUGACGAAACAAAAAAUUAUAUACAUAUAUAAAUAAUCCGAACGUGAUCUGUGUUAGUUUUGCUUUGAUUCGUUGUGUUUCGAUUUUGGGUUUUAUUUAAAUGUCAUACACAAAACAAUAUAAUUAAAUAUAUAAACGAAACAUUUAACUAGUUUUAGAAAAAAAAUAUAUUUAAAAUGAACAAAAGUAUGACUCAUAAAGCUCGCAUAAUACGGAGAAAAUAAAGAAUCACUUCAAAAAAAUGCUCAUAAAAUUUAAGCGGCUUACAUAAUAACGAAUUAAUCAACUGUAAAAUCAAGUAAAUAAUAAAAUUAAUAAAAUAUAUAAUUUCCAAUAAAAUAAAUACUAAAAAAGAAGCAAUAAAAUAUCGUUCAAUGGCAAAUCAAAUCUGAAGUGAUGCAAUUUUGCAUUGUCCAAAGAAAAGGCAAAACGGUGUGAUAAAAAAAGAGAACAACAGUUUCAUUGGUAACCAAAUCAAACACAAAACACAUUAAAUCAUAUGGAUGCGAUCGUGCGUUAAAAACGAACAGUUAUUGUAAUUGUUGGCAUUUCGAUUAUUUGUUUUUUCUUAACAAAUCAAAAUCUAUAAUACACAUAUAUUCGGUUGGUUUGCUUCUCGUUCUCUCAAUUUCUAUUUCUCAAUCGUCUUUUCACGGCAGCGAGUGGGCAAGGCGAGCGAGUGAGUAAGCAUUGUGUAUUUAUUUAUGGUUUUGUCAUACUAGUUCGAUUUUGCUCCUUUUUUGUCAUACUAGUUCGAUUCAUUCGAUAGUUUUAUUUAUUACGUAAAUCAUGCAUACAUCUUAUCGAUUUUUUCCGAUACAUUUUUUGUUUCCAACGAAUUGGAAGACAUUUUGAAAAUCGAUUUAAGAAUUGGUAUAUUUUAUUUCCUAAUUUACUUCGUAUCGCACCGCACACAUUCAAUUUCGUAAGUUAAAAGAAAACACAGAAAACGGUACGGAAUGAAAUAUACAAAAAUAUUGAAACGCAUGUAAAAUUAGAAUAAUUAAAUUUAGCAUUAAAAAUUCAAAACAAAAAACCAAAAGAGUAAACAAGACAAACUAAAAACAAGAAACUUAAAUACUAAUUAUAAUCGUAGAAAUCAAAAUAUAAUUCGUCUGUAAAUAAUCAUAGAGAUUGCAAAUGUAUAAACUCAAAUUUAAAGUCAAUCAAGACAAUGAUAAGAACCAUACCAAUAAUCCAAAAGAACAACAACAAAAGCAACUGCACUACGACAUUAACAUAAGCAAAGAAGAAUUUAUGUGCAUCAACAGCCAAAUUGACUUAUCUUGACCGAGUAAAUGAAACGGAAUUGGAAUUGGAAUUGACUUCGAUUCGAAAUCUAUAGCAAAGCAAAGCAAUAGCACACGAACCGUAAAAUAAGAUACAAAAUCAACAACAACAAAUCAAAUCCUUUAGACCAGUCAAAUUAGAAAAUCAUUUUCAUGAUAAACACAGGCACAACAGAAAACAAAACAAAAUUUUCUUCACAUUACCAAAUUAAACGAAACAAAUCCAACACAUUACACCUGAUUAUCAUAACUAUUCCAAAAAAUACUAAAACAAACAACUAGUCUUUCGCUAGUUUGCUCGCUAAAGAUAUGCCAUUUAAAAAUAUUCUGCAAAGACGAGUAAGUGGUCCAGGAGCUUAUGGAAAUCACUGGAGAAGCGAAGAAAAUUCAGAUGUGCUACACUUUGAUUAUAAACAGUACCGUCAGUCCAUGGUUAACCUCGAUAGUGGCAAUAAUUGUUAUUAUGUGGAUAAAAAUUUAUUACAAAUAACGAAUACGAAUAGUUGUGAAGUGAUUGCCAGCAGCGGAGGCAGUGGCGGUGCCAACAUUCAUACUAGUUGCACGAAUCGCAAUUGUCGAAACAAUCAAUUCGGGGAUAGUAAUAAAGUGAAAAAAAAUUUAUCAGAAAGCUGUGUGAUUGAUGCAACCACCAAAUCAUCAUCACCAACGGUAACUUCGUUAACUGUGCACAAACAAUAUGGAAUUGAAACACCGACCGGCGACUUGAAACAUUUGAGUAACUUAAGUAUUUCGAAUUUGCGCACAACAAAUCCAAACAUUGCAACUACAUCGACAACAACAAAUCCACCGUACACUCAUAAUAAACCAGCAAACGAUAAUAAUUACUGCUUGUAUAAAUACAAUGAAUUCAAUGAAUGCAAUCAUUUGGUGCAAAACAAUAAUAAUAAACUGAGUGGUAAAAAUAAUGCGUUCUUCAAGAGUUUUGCGCGAAGCUCGUCAUUUUGUCGCAUCAAAGUGAAUCCGAAAAAAUUUCGAAAUAUUUCGUUUAAAUUUCGAAAAUCAGAUAAAGUGUGUUGUACACCGGACUACACAGCAACAACUGCAUCGGCUGCAUCAACUCAAGUACGCGCUCCAAUUUGCUCGUCGACCUCAUCUUCAUCAUCAUCGACCUCAUCUUCCACAACAAAAAAGAAUCCGCUGCUAGGCAGCAACGCGGCAAGUGCAUCACACGAUAAAUUCAUUCAAACCGUGCCUCAUCAACAAAACAGUGUGUCAAUAAAAAAUACAAUUGCAACAGUGAAUAGUGAUUUGAAAAAUAAAUAUUAUGCAAAAAGCAACGAAAUUAAUAACUGCCAAACACAAAAUCAAUUAAUACUAAAUGAUUCAACGGCCGCUGGAGUGGUUUCAGGACCUCAUCACAGUGUAUUACAAUCAAACUCAAUUCAAUACAAUACAAUAAAUGGCAAUUCAAAUGCAAUUCCAAAUAAUAUUAGCAAUAACAAUUACAACAACAACUACAACAUCCACAACACCAGCAGCAGCUACAAUAAUAUAAACAUCGGCAUAAACAAUACGAAAAGACCAUUAUCGCAUUACUCGGACCCGUACACGGCGUAUACACCGUUACCGAGCACACCGCCUUCAUCUGAGCACAAAGGAAUUAAGCACUUUGGUAGCAUUAAAAGAGCAUUUACUGAUUGUAGCAGCAACAAUAGCAACAGUAGGAGCUCGAAAAUUGCAACUCCCAUAAAGGCGACAUUCUACCAAUGUCAUUCGUACAGCAAUAGUCUAAAUCGGCACAAUAGACAAUUAUCUCGAAAUAAAUCCAAUGGAAGAUUCUACUGGGACUUGUGUAUGCUACUGUUGUUAGUUGCCAAUUUAAUUAUACUUCCAGUCGCAAUAUCCUUUUUCAAUGAUGAUUUGAGCACAAGAUGGAUUGCAUUCAAUUGCCUGAGUGAUACUAUAUUUUUAAUUGAUAUAGUUGUUAAUUUUCGAACAGGAAUCAUGCAACAAGAUAACGCGGAACAAGUUAUUUUGGAUCCUAAACUAAUCGCGAAAAAUUACCUGAAGACGUGGUUUUUCCUAGACCUUAUAUCAUCAAUACCGUUAGAUUACAUAUUUUUAAUUUUUAAUCAGGAUUUUUCCGAUUCAUUUCAAAUUUUACACGCUGGCCGAGCUUUACGCAUUCUAAGACUAGCUAAGCUUUUAUCACUGGUGAGGCUGCUUCGGCUUUCACGUUUAGUGCGAUAUGUUUCCCAAUGGGAAGAAGUUUAUAUUCUACAAAAUCUACAAAAAAAAAGUGCAGAUCGCCGAGGACGAAGACAUAGAAAUGAAAAUGAAAAAGACGGUUACUUUAAGAACAAUCUUAUCUUUAAGUUUUUGAAUAUGGCGUCGGUGUUUAUGCGGAUAUUUAAUUUAAUUUGUAUGAUGCUGUUAAUUGGCCAUUGGAGUGGAUGUUUGCAGUUUCUGGUGCCGAUGUUACAAGGUUUUCCAUCGAACUCGUGGGUUGCCAUCAAUGAGCUACAGGAAACAUACUGGCUUGAGCAAUAUUCUUGGGCCUUGUUCAAAGCGAUGUCACACAUGUUAUGUAUUGGUUAUGGCAGAUUUCCGCCACAAUCAUUAACUGACAUGUGGCUUACGAUGCUGUCUAUGAUAUCAGGUGCUACGUGCUAUGCACUUUUUCUAGGUCAUGCGACAAAUUUAAUUCAAAGUUUAGAUUCGAGCCGACGACAAUAUCGUGAACGGGUGAAACAAGUCGAAGAAUAUAUGGCCUACAGAAAAUUACCACGUGAUAUGAGGCAAAGAAUCACGGAAUAUUUCGAACACAGAUACCAGGGAAAAUUCUUCGACGAAGAUUGUAUAUUAGGCGAAUUAAGCGAAAAACUGCGAGAGGACGUUAUCAAUUACAAUUGCAGGUCUCUUGUAGCAUCGGUGCCUUUUUUUGCUAACGCAGAUCAAAAUUUCGUGUCUGACGUUGUAACGAAAUUAAAAUAUGAAGUAUUUCAACCGAGCGAUAUUAUUAUCAAAGAGGGCACAAUCGGUACAAAAAUGUAUUUUAUUCAAGAAGGCGUUGUCGAUAUCGUAAUGGCGAACGGGGAGGUGGCAACGUCACUGUCGGAUGGCUCAUAUUUUGGCGAAAUUUGCUUGUUGACCAAUGCACGUCGAGUGGCUAGCGUACGAGCCGAAACAUACUGCAAUCUGUUUAGUUUAAGCGUUGAUCACUUUAAUGCCGUUUUAGAUCAAUAUCCACUUAUGCGUAAAACCAUGGAAACUGUAGCUGCUGAAAGAUUGAAUAAAAUUGGUAAAAAUCCCAAUUUGAUGUCACAAAAAGAUGAUGAGAUCAGCAAUCCAGAUGAGUCGGCCAUAAAUGCAGUGGUAAAUGCAUUGGCAGCCGUUGAAGCAAAAGAUGAAAAAGAUGAAAGCAUUACGGAUUUGAGAUCAUCCGAGCAAUGUCUUACGCACAUGAAGGAGCAUUUGAAAAAGAAUUUGCCCCGGCCAAAAAGCGGCGAAUUUCGUGCAUUAUUUGAAGGAAAUACCCCAUGACGUUCCAGCAGUUAGUGAUAGAGACACUACUACAGUUAACAUGACUUAGGCAAAGAACUAUUUAAAAGAAAAUUAAAAUUAAAAAUUAAAAAAAACCAAAUCCAAAACAAAAAAAGAGGAUCAUUACCUAUAAUGUAUAGAAAACAAUUUAACCAGAUGAACAACAAAAAAAAGUAAAAAUAAAAUGCAAAAAAUAAUAAUAUAUAUAUAUACCUAGAUUGCAAAUACAAAAAAAAGAGCUGUUCGAGCGAACCGAAUGAAAAAUCGUAGUAAAAAACAAAGUUUAAAUAAUUUUAACAUCUCAAAUGAAUACAAACCAAUUAUACACACAAAGUAAAAUCAAAACAGAGCUACAGUUUGUAAAUCAAUUAAAUUAAAGCAGAAGAAGAAGAGAAAAAGAAAUAAAUGAUAACUAUCUAAUG